GUUUAAAGCUUUAAGACAAAUCUUUGUUUCAUAACAUCACUGUAAGUUACUUACACUUUCAGGGCAGAAUAUUUAUAAGGCAUUCAAUGCCUCACUGGGGUUUAAGUGUCCUUAGAGCAUGGGGCAGCUCCACACAGGUAACAUGAAAGGAACAGAGGUGGCAGAAUUACAGGAUAUGUACAAAAAGUUUGUUCUAGAAUGCCCCAGCGGAGGUCUCCAUUUACAUGAAUUUAAGCAGUUUUUUGGCAUUACCAGCCAGAGUGAAGCAUCUGAAUAUGCUGAGAAUGCAUUUAAAUCCUUUGACACGAAUGGGGAUAACAUGAUAGACUUUUUGGAAUACGUAGCAAUUUUAAACCUAGUACUCAGAGGAAAACUUGAGCACAAACUGAAGUGGUCAUUUAAAGUGUACGACACCAACAGGAAUGGCUUUCUUGAUAAGGCUGAACUAAGGAAAAUGGUGAAGAGUGUCUAUAAUGUCAAACAAGGAUGGGCAAGAAAUAUGGAUACUCAGAUGUCAACCCCAGAGGAAGUGUGUAACAGAAUAUUUCAACUGAUGGAUGAAAAUAAUGAUGGAAAAAUUUCACUGAAAGAGUUUGUUGAUGGAGUGCAAAGAGAUGAGUGGGUAAGGAAAAUGCUAAACAUAGAUCCCACAGAAUGGAUCCUCGAGCACCAAAGAAAAAUGAAUGCAGAUGAAAAGGACCAAACACUGGAGGAAAAAGACAUGUCGUCAGACCUUCCCUAGCAUUGGUUAUUGAAUGUGAAAUAUUUUCAGCAUGAUGGCACUUUGAUCCCAUGAAAUGAAAAGUAUAAAAUGGGCAAAGGCAUUUUAGCUAUUAUAUAAUCUAAGCAGUAGUUAUGAGGUUGAGUACUAUCUCUUGAUCAUUUUCCAGAAUAACAUCUUUCAGAUAACCAAGCAGAAAAAAAUAGGUUCCAAGGGUAUGUGAUAUGCUAACAUAUCAGAUAUAUUAACCUGAACAUACUUCCAGAAUAUUUCUGUCUGAGAACAAUUCCAAAAUAUAUGUAUGUAAUCUGCUUUAUUUAAUCCACAUCACCAACAUUUUUCUGAUCCUAACUUAUAUAUUCAAUUUAUAAAGCAUUAAAUGCCAUUCACAGAGGGUUUUUAAAUAGUUCUCCCUUAGGAAGAAAUUAUAAUAGAAUGGAAGUUGUCCCAAAUCCAGUUCCAUUGUUUCCUGGUUAUUCUUUGACCCAAAUCUUGUACCCAUUUUCUCAUAUAUGCAUCCUAGUUCUGAUCAAAGCAUAACCAAAGGUCAUAGAAUCUUGCAAUUAUGCCUUCAUUCAAAUAGGAGAGGAAAAGAAUACUUUUUGAGCACUUGUCACAGUGGGAGAUGAAACUCAUUUGCAAGGAGUAUGUACAAGGAAACCAAAAGACAGCUGUCUGAACCUUGCUAGAGAACCAGUUUAAUAUUUCAGAGUGCUGGCAUGGUUUGGGGACUAGUACUGCAUACAUAUGAGCUUGCAUUUGCACUCUCAUAAAAUCUGUUCCACUCAAUCAUUUUUUUUCAAUAAAUACAAAUUCAUUUAAAAAAAUCAAAUGCUUGUGCCUCUAAAAGAGCAUCAACCUAUAAAGCCGUGCUGAACAUUUUGCUUCAAAAAGUCAGAAUGAAACCAUACAUACUCCUAUAACUAGCUAAAAACAGCAUUGUGUGUGCAUGCAUCAAGGCAAGCAACUGCUGUGCCUUAACAGCAUUUCCAGCCACCAAAAAAGAAAGAUGCAUCAGAACAAACUAUGACUCAAGGCUGAGCCAGGCUAUUUUAAGCAAUGAGCUGUCAAGCAACUACUGUACUGCUAUCUUUUCCACCACCCCCCUCCCAAGCUUAGGCUUAACUUGUAUGGAUGUUCAGCAGUACUUAGCUCUAGAAUCUAUUUUAAUUAAUAAGAGGAGCCACAUAAAGUGAUAAUGAAAAAAAAAGUACAAGUUGAAUUCUUUUGAAUGACCCCUACCAUGUGUGAAAUUUCCAGGAAGAGAAAUACCCUGGCUCGAGAAGCAGUUCACUUAAAAAUAAUGCACUUCUACAAGUGCUUGAGGACAGCAACCAUCUUUUUAGAAAUUAAAAUUUUCCUCCUCACACAAGAAGCUUCCAGGCUUUUGCUAUUUUUAGCAGGAUUCAACCACAUACUGUCAAUUCAGUUUGCUCAAUUAUAGUCUGGGAAACCUUUCACAGCACACCUGCUUCUUUAAAAGACUGCACUUUUUGCAACAAGGAAUGUGACAGAAAAAUGCACUAGAAAGUAUGGGAUAACACUUGCUUUGCUGCAACCUCACCUAAUCUCCCCACAAACAAAUGUGAGUAAAAUGCCUAUUAUAUUGACAAUGUUGCCUGGUCUCCCUGCAAAAGUCAGGAUGAAUGCUCAAUAAACAGGAUGCCUGGAAGUGUGAAAAGAAGCUGCAUGUUUAAAUGAUGA